AUUUCGUGAACCACCGCUACUAGACAUGAAAGCACAUCUAGCCAAAGCUUACUUUAACAAGUUCACAAGCAUAUGAACCAAACUAUCUCUAUACGAAGGUAUUGGAUUUAGUUGUCCUCGUUAACGCGCAAUUUUUAAGGAUCUUCUAAUGGGAGGAGACGGCGGUAGUAUCCCUCGACGCGAUGAUCUUGUUAAGCCCAAGAAAAAACAAGAGGUUGCUGAACGUGAAGCAGCUAAUAUGGCUCUUUGGAAACACUGUGCACUUACACAAGAUCCUCUUCGUCAACCUGUUGUUUCUUGCAUACUGGGAAGGCUUUACAACAAAGAAUCGAUUAUCAACAAACUUUUAAGCAAAUCAAGCGGAGAUGGAUUCUCGGAUCAUAUAAAGAAGUUAAGAGAUGUAAAGGAGCUACGCUUAACUUCAACAUCCUGUUCAGAUAGUCAAGAAACUCCACUGUUUUACUGCCCAGUAACCGGUCUGGAAAUGUCAGGGGUCUAUCCUUUUGUUUUUCUGUGGAGUUGUGGCUGUGUGUUUUCCAAGAAAGCUCUUACGGAAGUUAGUAGCAACCUGUGUAUGACGUGUGGUACGUCAUUUUCUGCGGAUGACAUUAUCUUAAUAAAUCCUCAGACUAAGAGUGAAAUCGAAGCUGCCCAAACACGGUUGAUCAGUUUUCAGACAGCGUCUAAGACUCGCAAACGAACUUCAGCUAAUCGUGUCACUGAACAACCAGAUCUCGCUGAUGAAAAUAAUGUCCCGUGCAAAAGGACAGUUGUGCAAGAUAAAACAAUAGAGGGCAAGAUAAAACCCGAAACAUCAGAACUUGAAAAACCUGCAACAGACUCACAACUCCAACCAGAAAAGUCCAGUACAAGUAGAUCGAUUCAAGAAGAUCCUAAUUUAAGCUCUGCUUAUAAAUCGUUGUUCAAUACUUGCGAACAGGCUAAACGCCAGCCAAAACCCCAUUGGGUCACUUUUAAUCCUUUAUAUUUCAGAUAAGCUUAUCUUAUUCUUAUUUAUUUUGUGGAUUUUGUUCUUCACUAAUAAUGUAUAUAAAAAGUUGUAAUAUGUUAUGUUAACUUGUCUUAUUUCAUGACCUUAUUAUAAAUAAACAAAUCCUUAUAACUGA